UGUGAAGGCGUACAGAGCAGUCAAACCGGUCAGGCGUACCGUCGCCUGAGAGUCGAGUCGAAAAGCAGCGUAAAUAGUAUUAAAUUGUUUAUUGUAAAUCAAGUGUCGAUAAUAUUGUAAAACCUGCAUUCAGUUACAAAUAUAUUUAAUAUUCUUAUAAUACGGAGUGUGAGCAGUUAUUCGCAAUUUCCUAUAAAUUAACGGAGCAAUUGUGUUAUAGUCGGAGCGAUCACGCCGUGGUGCACGUGAUCGCCAUAUUCGAAUUCAAACUCCGCGUUCGGAGAGACGUUUAUAUUUGAAUACGGUAUUCGGGCAAGAAUUUUACACAAGCCAUCCUCUGCAUUUAGAAAAUAACAAACACCUGAAUUUAUUUAUUUAGUUGAGUCGAACAAAAUUUACACAAAUUAUGUUAAACCAGUAAAGGAAUUGAGCGUGUGAGUUUGAUUGUUAUAUUCCGCUAAUUGUCGUUUGAAAUACGUAUUUGUCGUUGUCGUGCCGUGAACACUUGUUGCCCUUGGUUCGUGUCGUGAAAACAAAUAUAACAUUGAGACAUUGUGUGAAUUUGCCGGUCGUGUCGUGUUGUUCACGUGUCGGGAAGGGAAACAAAGAACAAGGUGACUGUCUGCCGAACUUUAUUUGUAGAUUCCCUUUCAAAUUAUAAACCGUCGUGUCGAACAUUUCGAAAAAGUCGAGAAUUCAGAAAGAUCUUAUACAGAGGAAAACCAAAACUAAAACUUAAGCAGAGAAACAAUAUAGAAAAAAGAUUUUAGAGAAAAACAGAUGCAAACUGAGCACUAUUUUUACCAUGGCCUAUGUUGAUAUAAGCUACAGUUUAAUAAGUGCAGUUUGUGAAGGAAACCUAGAAAGAGCAAAGGAGUUAAUAACUUCUUUUGGACUAUCUUAUUCACAAACAUGGUCAGAAGGAUAUGUUUUACUUUGUGAUGCUAUUGAGAAUAGGCAUACAGAAAUCAUUAAACUACUUUUAACAAAUGGUUGUAAAGUUAACAGCGACAUUGACAAAUCUUAUAAUACUCCACUUCAUUUUGCUGUUAUAAAUGGUGACAUAGAAAUUGUUAAGAUGCUUCUAGACAGACGUGCUAACGUCUAUGCUACAACUAGGUAUGGCACCACUUCGCUUCACUAUGCACUUGAACAUAAGAAAGUGGAAAUUGUGGAAUUACUUUUAAAUCAUGGAGCUAAUGUUAAUGCCAGGGACAAUGCAGGUAUUACACCACUGUAUCUUGCUGUUCACCAUGGAUAUGUAGAUAAUGUUAAGAUGCUGUUAGACAGAGGUGCUAACAUUAAUACUAUAUCAGAUAACACACACACUUAUUCUCUCUUUGAUGAACACUUCUAUUGUACACAAAUUGCUCAUAUUCUUAAACAGCAUAUAGUUAAGAUGAGAACUGCAAAUUUAUACGUAAGUGAACACUUAUCAGAGAGUUGCCUUGACACAAUAAAUUUACCGGAGUUACAGGAUUUACAGUAUGAGUGUGAAAAAGAAGUAGCAAUCAUGAAGAAUGAGAAAAUUAGUAAUACUAACAUAUCAUUUUAUGAUAUCUUGAUAAAAGAUAUAUAUAUGAAAAAUGAAAAUGUAGUGCAGGUUUUAAGAUCAGACGAGUAUAAAACAAAAUUUCCAAUAUACUCUAGCAUGAUAAACAAUUACUUCAGAAAAUAUAUAGAAAGGAAAGAGUUGCUCGAACAAGGCACUAAACUUUUCUAUUUUUUCUGUAACUUUCCUGAGCUACCACUUGAGUGUAUUGAACAAAUAUUUAGUUACCUAAGUGAUAACGACGUAAGAAUUUUAAUAAAUACUUAUAAGUCUGUUAGUAUCAGUAAUCUUAAUACUGAUAUUACUGAUAUAUAUAUGAUGUAGCAAUUACCUGAAAUACAUCUAAAGUGUUAUGUGUGUAAGUUAAGGAAGAAUAACCUACUUUAAACAUGAAAUAACAGCUAUGCAAACUUAAAGAUUAUUGCUGUAUUUUAAAUAUAGAUUACUAUCUUAUUUUGAAAUUAUUAUUUUUUUUUUAAGAUUUUAUCUUAUCCUACUUUUUUGAAAGUUGUUUUUAACGUUUACAUUCUUUUGGACGUGUUUUUUUAUGGUGGAUCCAAGGAAAAUUAGGCUGUUUUAUAUCUUCCCUUUUUUCAAACUUUGUGUUAGAUUUUAUAACAUUUGUACAACGCAAAAUUUAUAUACAUUAAUCCGAUGAUACUCUUUCAUUGAACAGAGUGUAACACGUGU